AGUUCCCGGCCGGCCGCCGGAGCUGCCGGAAGCGGAAGUGCUCGUUGGGGGUGCACAGGGCGCGUUCGAGCAGCGGCGACCGAGGCGGCGAAGGAGCGCGCCAUGGAGCAUGUGACGGAGGGCUCCUGGGAGUCGCUGCCAGUGCCGCUGCACCCGCAGGUGCUGGGCGCGCUGCGGGAGCUGGGCUUCCCGUACAUGACGCCGGUGCAGUCCGCAACCAUCCCUCUGUUCAUGCGAAACAAAGAUGUCGCUGCAGAAGCGGUCACAGGUAGUGGCAAAACACUCGCUUUUGUCAUCCCCAUCCUGGAAAUUCUUCUGAGAAGAGAAGAGAAGUUAAAAAAGAGUCAGGUUGGGGCCAUAAUCAUCACCCCCACUCGAGAGCUGGCCAUUCAAAUAGACGAGGUCCUGUCGCAUUUCACGAAGCACUUCCCUGAGUUCAGUCAGAUUCUUUGGAUCGGAGGCAGGAAUCCUGGAGAAGAUGUUGAGAGGUUUAAGCAACAAGGUGGGAACAUCAUUGUGGCCACUCCAGGCCGCUUGGAGGACAUGUUCCGGAGGAAGGCGGAAGGCUUGGAUCUGGCCAGCUGUGUGCGAUCCCUGGAUGUCCUGGUGUUGGAUGAGGCAGACAGACUUCUGGACAUGGGGUUUGAGGCAAGCAUCAACACCAUCCUGGAGUUUUUGCCAAAGCAGAGGAGAACAGGCCUUUUCUCUGCCACUCAGACGCAGGAAGUGGAGAACCUGGUGAGAGCGGGCCUCCGGAACCCUGUCCGGGUCUCAGUGAAGGAGAAGGGCGUGGCAGCCAGCAGUGCCCAGAAGACCCCCUCCCGCCUGGAAAACUACUACAUGGUAUGCAAGGCAGAUGAGAAAUUUAAUCAGCUGGUCCAUUUUCUUCGCAGUCGUAAGCAGGAGAAACAUCUGGUCUUCUUCAGCACCUGUGCCUGUGUGGAAUACUAUGGGAAGGCUCUGGAGGCGCUGGUGAAGGGCGUGAAGAUUAUGUGCAUUCAUGGAAAGAUGAAAUAUAAACGCAAUAAGAUCUUCAUGGAGUUCCGCAAAUUGCAAAGUGGGAUUUUAGUGUGCACUGAUGUGAUGGCCCGGGGAAUUGAUAUUCCUGAAGUCAACUGGGUUUUGCAGUAUGACCCUCCCAGCAAUGCAAGUGCCUUCGUGCAUCGCUGCGGUCGCACAGCCCGCAUUGGCCACGGGGGCAGCGCUCUGGUGUUCCUCCUGCCCAUGGAAGAGUCAUACAUCAAUUUCCUUGCAAUUAACCAAAAAUGCCCCCUGCAGGAGAUGAAGCUCCAGAGAAACACAGCGGACCUUCUGCCAAAACUCAAGUCCAUGGCACUGGCCGACAGAGCUGUGUUUGAAAAGGGCAUGAAAGCUUUUGUGUCAUAUGUCCAGGCUUAUGCAAAGCAUGAAUGCAACCUGAUUUUCAGAUUAAAGGAUCUUGAUUUUGCCAGCCUUGCUCGAGGUUUUGCCCUGCUGAGGAUGCCCAAGAUGCCAGAAUUGAGAGGAAAGCAGUUUCCAGAUUUUGUGCCCGUGGACGUUAAUACCGACACGAUUCCAUUUAAAGAUAAAAUCAGAGAAAAGCAGAGGCAGAAACUCCUGGAGCAACAAAGAGAGAAAACAGAAAAUGAAGGGAGAAGAAAAUUCAUAAAAAAUAAAGCUUGGUCGAAGCAGAAGGCCAAAAAAGAAAAGAAGAAAAAAAUGAAUGAGAAAAGGAAAAGGGAAGAGGGUUCUGAUAUUGAAGAUGAGGACAUGGAAGAACUUCUUAAUGACACAAGACUCUUGAAAAAACUUAAGAAAGGCAAAAUAACUGAAGAAGAAUUUGAGAAGGGCUUGUUGACAACUGGCAAAAGAACAAUCAAGACAGCAGAUUUAGGGAUCUCAGAUUUGGAAGAUGACUGAUGAUUCUAGCACCACAGAUGAACCCACAAGGACAUAGCUGUUCCCUAACUUGGUGGAUGGCUCCAGUUUGCUUUUAAUGGAAAUCACAACUUCAGGAGACAUCUGAGAAGAAUCAUGUCUCUGAAAGCUGUCCUUUCAGACGAGGGAGAAAUGAAGGAUUUCACACUUGGGAAUAUUUUACUAAAAACAUUCCAGUCUUGGCCGGGUGCGGUGGCUUCUGCCUAUAAUCCCAGCACUUUGGGAGGCUGAGGCAGGAGGAUCACUUGAGCCCAGGAGUUCAAGACCAGCCUGGGAACACAGCAAGACCCUCUCAUUAAAAACAACAAAACAAAACAAUUCCAGUCUUGAAGUAGUCUAACAGAAGAAAAUGUAAAAUUAUUUGAGUGUAAAUAAUAGAUGUCAGUAUUUAUCAUGAUGGGUCACAUAUAUAGACAUAUGUACAUAUUAUAUAUAUAUAUAUAAGCUCUUUUUUCUGAGGCUAUUUUAUAGUUAUUUUGAACAUAAAGAUACUGAAGUAUUCUUGACUUCUGAUUUUCAAAACCAUUCCUCAGUAUCUUCAGGCAUCUGACCUCCUGAAUGUCCUUGGCCCUGGGCUUCAGUUAUCCUUUGAUGCCCUGCAGAGGUGGCUAAUGUGCUGGGGUUUUUCUGUGUUAAGAAUAGUCCCAGUAUUGUUUUAUUGGUGAACAGCUGAAAAACAGAGGGAUUAAGUCAUAUUCCGGGAAAGAAUUACAGUUUUUAUGCCUCCUGUUGAAUAAAUGGUGUCCUGAU